AUGGAUUCCGUCUUACGUGGAAAGCUCGCUGAGCAGAUGAGCAGAGCGGAGAAUGAGGCAUUGCUGGCUGGAAUGGAAAACACUUACCAGUUGCUAAGGCAGAGUGGUUUGAUGUAUACCAUUCAGAUAUCCCCAGCUUUCGUCGGCUGCCAUCCUCAGAACAGAGAUGGAAUCGGCGUGGACCAGCAACAUGUCCAUUCUUUGGUGGACAAGUUCCAAGAGUCUGGCUUCGUGAGCUCCGCUGGGCGCUAUAUGGCCGUGGAAGUGGAGCCUGUAAAUAACACUGUGAAGGAUUUCAACGAGGAAAUGGUUGCCAAGAGCAACGGCCAGCUCGCACCCAUCAAGGACACCUUGAAAUACGCCUCCAUCAGCGGCUCGCAUUCCAAUCAGGCUCUUCGCCUGUGGCACUAUGCGUGCCAGCACAAUGGCAAGCCGCUAUCCAUCGACGCCUUGCGCGUUGAUGAUGCGGCGUACGCAGAGUGCGCUUCAAGUGGGGUAAUGUGGCAGGUCAUUGACCACGCAGUGGUCCAAGCAUUCCCACAGUUUGUGGGUCUCUGCCAAGCAGCCUGCAACAGUGUGCAACAAGUGUCCCAGGUCGAGACGGAGUUUCAGCUCAUGCACCGGCUGAGGCAACACGUGGGGGCAAAGGGAGAGCUUCCCCCAUAUGCUGACAUCGCCCCAAGCAUCUUAAGGUCGCAUCCACCCAACCCGGACGUGCUGCCUUAUGUCUACAAGUUCAUGAGCAGGUUUGGAGAAGCCUCAAUGAUGAAGAACACUGAGUCCUUCGUGGCCGCGUUCGGCUCAGUGAAAAACCAAUUGGGGGCAAGUGUCUGGGAUGCAUUGUCACUGGACACCAGGCACAACAAUGAGGAUUUGGUUCUUUGGCGCCAGGCGUUGCUGAAAACUAUGAUGACCUGCAAUGACCGAGUGGUUUCCGUGGGAGACAUCUAG